AUGAGAAGGGCGAGCGGGUUUUCCGCAUUGCUGCCGCGUAUUGGUUUAUCCCCCUGUUUAGGACGGCGCUCGUCUUGUGAUGGAAAAAAAACGGACGGAAACCCACAGGAUCCUGAACCUCCUAGUGAAUCGAAAGAGCUCGAUCCUUUCCGUAUUGGAUACAAUAUGGGAAUGCAAAGUGUUCAUUUAGAAGCCAUUCGAAUGAAGCUAACAGAUCAUUUGGAGGUUUUUAAGUCGCAUUUUCAUGCACUCACCGAUGUGUUGAAAUCGAACCAUGAUCAAGUCAAACAGAUACAUGAUCAAUGUAACAAGGCGAUUCUUCAUGAGCUGAAAGAAUCCAAUAGCCAAAUUUUUUCUCAACGUUCUGAGCUUUUACGACAAAUAAAGGAACUGGAGGAAAAUUUAAAAAGCAGCAUUGACGAUAGGGUGACCGGGCUUCAGAGACACAUUGAUGAUUGUUUUGAGAAUCUGAAGGAUAUGAUAAAAUUGGGGAUUGCAGUACUUAUUUUUCUAAAUUUAUGGAUGUUUUACACAAUUUCGCAAAACCAUCGUCAGUACAUGAACGCCCAAACGACACACACGUUGAAUGGUUUGUCCUCUCGAAAUAGAAAAUAA